AUGGCAUGCGAGUUCGAUGGCGGUGUUGUUAUAGGAGCGGAUUCUCGCACGACUACGGGCGCUUACAUUGCGAAUAGAGUAACAGACAAACUGACCAGGAUCACUGAUCAUAUAUAUUGCUGCCGUUCAGGCUCGGCUGCUGAUACACAAGCUAUUGCUGACAUCGUGACAUACCACCUAAAUUUCCAUAGAAUGGAGCUCGGUGAACCUCCUCUUGUGCAAACAGCUGCUGCAAUCUUUCGUGAACUCUGUUACAAUUACCGUGACUCGUUAGUUGCUGGCAUUUUAGUUGCUGGCUGGGAUAAGAAGAAAGGAGGACAAAUCUAUUGUGUACCAAUUGGAGGGAUGGUUCAACGCCAGGCCGUUUCUAUUGGUGGAUCGGGGUCAUCAUAUGUCUAUGGAUAUGUUGAUGCCAACUUCAAGCCCAAUAUGACCAAGGAAGAAGCUGUGAAAUUUGUUACAAACACACUCACACUGGCUAUGUUACGUGAUGGCUCGUCUGGUGGUGUUGUUCGUUUGGGUGUGAUCACAGAAGCAGGUGUUGAGCGCACUGUGAUCCUUGGUGAUCAACUGCCCAAGUUCUAUGAAGGUUAA